AUGUCAUUUCUAGGCAUCUACAUCCGCGAUUUACCGGGGCUUAUGAUGGCACCACUGAGACAUGGUCAACAGUCCUCUCUCAAACUGCAAGGAGGCGAUACACAUCGCGACCUCUAUCGUAUUGAAGCUCGCUUAAGACGGGCCGGAUUGGAUCAGCGUGCAGCAACAUUCUCGCAUCCUCCCAGGCUGGAAACGGACGAUGAUCUCGAGAUCUCGAUACGCGAUGAACCAGGGGCGUUUCGCCGGCAGUUCUUGAUGCGAAACAAACGUGACUUCGCCAACAAAUAUGCACCGAAUAGCUUCAUGGAGUUCUUAGACUUAUACGGAAGAUUCGCCGGUGAAGACCUGGUCGAGUCGGAAGAUGAGACAGACGUUGAAAAUGCCGGAACCCCGGCGGAUGAAGUAGAGCCGGAAAGAAGGCCAUUGCUUCCCAUUCGUGAAAGCUCUCAAGGGGACGCGUCAGACAUGAAAACUUUCUUCACACUCCUCAAGGCCUUUAUAGGAACAGGGAUCAUUUUCCUCCCUAAGGCGUUCCGCAACGGUGGCAUACUCUUUUCAUCAAUUGCUCUCGUCACAGUCUCGAUAUUGACAACCGUCUGUUUUCAUUUGCUGCUUCAAUGCCGGCGACGGUAUGGUGGUGGCUACGGCGAUAUUGGGGAAUCUAUUUCCAGCCCCCAUCUUCGCUCACUUAUUCGCCUUUCGAUUGCGACUACGCAGCUUGGUUUCGUGUGUGCUGCCAUUGCUUUUACUGCGGAUAACCUGCGUUCAUUUAUAGAGGGCGUGGCCACCUAUAAUAGUAGCACACCGUCCAUUUCCACAAUAAUCGCGCUGCAGUUGGUGAUCCUCGUGCCUCUUGCCUUCAUUCGCAAAAUCUCCCGACUCGGAUUAGUUGCACUACUUGCUGAUGUCUUCAUCUUCAUCGCUAUUGGCUACAUAUACUACUACGAUAUUUCGGAAAUUUCUCAGCGGGGCUUGAAGCCCACAGUCAAGCUCUUCAACCCCAACACAUUUACCCUGACGAUCGGGUCAUCAAUAUUCAUGUUCGAGGGGAUAGGCCUGAUUCUCCCCAUACAAUCUUCGAUGUCACAACCGGACCGGUUUGAUCGCAUCCUCUACAUUGUCAUGGCUCUUAUAACUUUUCUUUUCGCGACCGUCGGGAUUCUCUCAUACGGGGCAUUCGGCAGCCAGACGAAGAUCAAUAUCAUCAGCAAUUUCCCACAGUCGGAUAAAUUCGUCAAUUCUGUCCGGUUAUUCUUCUCGCUAGCUGUUCUUGUGGGCACCCCGGUACAGCUUUUUCCUGCUUUGCGAAUCAUGGAGAGAAAGUUAUUCGACCGCAAAUCUGGCCAGCAAAACCUCCUCAUAAAGUGGAAAAAGAAUAUCUUUAGGACAGGUAUUGUCGUUCUUUGCGCCUUGAUUGCAGCCCUGGGUGCCAGGGACUUGGAUAAGUUUGUUGCUUUUGUGGGAUCUAUUUCAUGUGUUCCUUUAAUUUUUGUUUAUCCGGCUUAUCUGCAUUGGAAAGGUAUUGCGACUACCUGGUGGGAAAAAGGAGGAGAUGUGUUGAUAAUUACAAUGGGGGUUGCCUGUAUGAUCUAUACCACUAUGUCUACCGUGUUUCUACAGUUUAACUGA